CCGCGAUCGCAUCUUUCCAUUCUCAACUCUCCAUUGAAAUGGGUACUCGAAUCUCUUCAGAUGGUGUAGAAUACCAGGCUCUCAAUGCCACCAGUGAAGUUCUCGCCGAAAUUUCUAACACAGCAGUGGACUUUGCUGGAAACCUAGGCAAGCAGAUCUACUGGGCACCAUCUGAAUUUUACCAGCCGCGCAAGGUUUAUGUCUACGUUAUUGAAUUAGACUACAUCCCGGAUGACAUCCCACAGUCUCGAAUUGAGUUACUCAAGUACCCCCAAUACAGGCCUGAGGAGUUGAGAGGUUCAAACGCCGACUCGCAUGGCGAGAAAGUGAUAAAUAUCCUUGCUAGCUUAGGCUUCGGAGUGGCUAGAUCGAAGAACAUUAAGAUCGUUCCAGUACGAGGAACCAAUGCCUAUCCGCAUGAUCAAAGAUCGAGCACCGAGUGGAAAGGUGCUCUGACAGCUAUCGCAAACCACUUCAAGGAAGCGACAAUGAAAGGAGUUUGUCAUGGAGUUCUAAACUGCAGCAGGGCUCUCGAAAGGAUCGGGAAUAUUGAGGCUGCAUUCAAGGAAUGUGUCGAUGCUGGAAUCAUUGUCGUUGGAGCAGCAGGGAACCGUGCGGUCAACCUAGACGAGUCAGACAAGUCAAAGUGGCCACUUCCCGAAGCACACAAGGACACUAUCUUGAUUGGCAAUUUGGAUGCUCAAGGUAAUGUAUAUACGGAAGUCAAUGGCAAUGAUGGAUCGUCAUAUGGCGCUCGCGUCGACUAUUGGGUACGGGGUGUCAAUCUCAAAUACAAGAACCUCGGGCCCAAGGUCAGUGGCACAUCUUUUGCCUGUCCAGUUGCGGCUGGCGUGAUUGCUGUUAUGCUAUCUGCCGGUCAGGUUCCCAGUGGUAAGGUUGCCGAUGUGCGUAAAAAGCUUGACGAGUGGGCGGUUCGAAGUCAAGGUAAGGGUGGGCAGUUGAAGUUGUUGCGCAACGCACCGGGCUUGAAUAAGUGAUUGGAUUUAUCGGAGGAAAUGCGAAUGCAUUGAAUGCACAGUUGAACAAAUCAGAUCGUUGGGAUCAGAUCGGCAAGAUUUCUUAUAAUUAUCUGUUGCGAACGCAGAUUCAUAGG